GUCCACGCGACAGAAGUCCUUCUUUGACCAGAACCAGAAGCCACAGCACUAUAAGGGCCAAUGGAACCGCUCACGCAACUUCCCCCACCAGAACAGUAAUCAGGCGGCGCCGCAGGCUCGGCAAGUAGUAACGGGGCCUCCAAUUAUGCCUUCGACCCAGACUCGUACCAAGCUCAAAGCCUUCGCGUUCGCCGAGGGCACGCCUACCGCCGAUUCUUUUCUCAAACGACGCGACGCUGAGAAGGAGAACCGACCCGCCCCGCUAGCAAAGACGCCGAAUCCUAUGGGUACACCAAAGGCGAACAGAGUUGUGAAAGAUGUAGCUGCUCCGAAUAAAACUCCCAAACUCCCUACCAUCUCAGAUUGUCCGCCACCGUCAACACCUGCCACGACGAGGCUGCCGCUUGCCGACUUGGUAGGGAAUGUCGACGAUUCCUCGAGACACGCGCCCCAACCUGUUGCCUCACCCGAAGAGCAAUUGAUAUGGAGAGGAUCGCAAGCAAUAAAUACACCUUUUCCACGCAAGAACAAGAAGCGCGCUAGGAGUUCGUCACCCGUUGCACCGUCGCAAGAGGAACACAGGCUGGACGCGACCAGACAGGACAUCACAACCCCUCAGGCUGACCCUGCCCUGGAGCUGUGGUCGCGAUACACCAACAACAAGGGCACCCCAAGCGCCAACAAGAGCGUGGCAUUCGCGCACCUCAUCAACGAGUCAUCCCCAAGAUCGCAAGCUGCUGCUGGAAGCAUCAGUGGGCUGCGGAGGUGGGCAAGCUGCGGCGUCGAGUUCCCAGCGUCGCAUCGGAAAAGAAGAAGAACACAUGGCGUGUUUCAACCGGACAAGGAAAGCACAGAGGACGUCUUCGCCGGUGCUUCUAGUUCAGAUGGCAUGAUGCUCGGGCAACCAACGAAACCAAAUCUUGCGAGUAUGGUGCAGCGCAUGCGAGAAUGCGUCUCCAAAUCACAAACACGCGUCUCUUCGUCAAUGCCAGUAAGUUCUUCACCAUUACCUGGGGCUGGAGAUCGUCAAGACCCGUCGUCGGGCUCCCCUCUCCAGCGACGCGCACGAGAACGGCAUGCGGAUAGUUCCGAGACACUACAACACGAUGCAGCACUUCUACAUGACACACUGGAUAUCGAUGACGAGCCCGUACAAGCAAACGAACCAGUCGAUAUGGUACAGAAGCCACAGGCGUCUCAAGAAUCAUCCGACGAUUUUGGAGACGACUUCGAUGCGGACAUGGUGGAUUCCCUGGACAUAACGCCUCAACCUGCACCUGCCAAUCCGCUUCCACAGCAACGCCCUGCGCCGGCUCCGACUUUACAACAAGGCAGUGAUGACGACGAGUUUGGAAUGGACGAUGAGGAAGACUUCGCCGCCGAUCUAGAACAGGUAGCAUCGCUGUACGACACAAGGUCUGUGGAAACUCAAAGGGGAGAUCAGGCGUCUACAGGACAAUCGAGACAACCUCCAGCUACUGCAAGUGAGACACCAGCACCUAUCAUCAGCCUCUUGGAUGACGAUGACGAUGAUGAGGAUGAAUUUGGGGAAGACAUAGACGCCGACGAGUUCGCUGCCGCUGAAGUUGCAGCCACACAAGUACCUGCCAAUACUAGUCAACAGGACAAUAGAGCCAUCCAACGCUAUCUCAUCAAACGAGUGGAUGAAAACUCGUAUACCACCGACCGAGGCUAUUCGAUGCCUGAAAAGGUUCUGCUAGUCGAAGAAGAGAAGACGAAACUGUUCAAAGCGAUCACUCUUCGACAGGCUUGGUUCGACACUCCCUGUACGACAGGCUCGUUUGUGCAUGUCAUUGGUGAUUUUACAGGUACCGGACAAUGCAUCAUCGACGAUCACCACAAUAUGCUCAUACUUCACCCGGAUCAUCUCAUCUCGUCUACUGUUGUCGCAGACUCUUUUGGUUGUUUGAGGCGAGCGGUGCUUCAGGAUCGUGUCAAAGCCACCAACAGGGCCAACGCUCCUAUGCUUUACGGAACAUUACUGCACGAACUAUUCCAGGAGGCCAUGAAGGCGAACCAAUGGGACUCCGUAUUCCUAUUCGAGACUAUCGAAAAGCUCAUGCCGAGCCACCUGGAAACCAUACUAGAGAUCAACUCGACCUGCGAAGCUGUCAAAGAGCAUCUCAGUAGCAAAUUGCCCGAGUUACAGGCUUGGGCCAAAAUAUUCGUUCGCGCGGACCCUCAAGCGGACGCUAUCGUUCGAGAACGAAAUGGACGACAGUCGACCAUGAGCAUUAACAAGCUGCUUGACGUGGAAGAGCACGUCUGGUCUCCAAUGUAUGGUCUGAAAGGCAACAUCGAUGCCACUGUACAAGUGACAAUGCGAGAUGACCAAGGUGAACGGACAUUAACGGUGCCAUUUGAGGUCAAAACUGGCAAGAACUCCUCGAAUGCUGCACACAUCGCACAGACCGCCUUGUAUAACUUGUUGUUGUCUGAUCGAUACGAUGUUGAUAUUGCUUACGGUAUCCUCUAUUAUCUGGAGACUUCGGAGAUUAGUCGGAUUCCUGCUGUUCGUAACGACAUCAUCCAUAUGAUCAUCAAGCGCAACGAGCUGGCCUGCUUCGUCCGAGACCGCAUCGAGCUGCCUCCAAUCUUGAAAGAGGACUUCAAGUGUCAGAAGUGCUACGCGCAGGAGCCUUGCUUCUUAUAUCACAAUCUUGUCGAAGAUGGGAAGGGCGAGAUGCUGAACAAGAAGGCGAAAGAGAAAUAUGACGACCUCGUCAAGCCGCUUCAGCCUUCCCAUCGGGAGUUUAUGAAAAAGUGGGACACUCUAUUAACCAAAGAGGAGACAGAUAUGAUGAAGUUCAGACGAGAGUUGUGGACAAUGUUGAGUACAGAACGUGAAAAGCUGGGUCGCUGCUUCUCAAAUGUCAUACUGGAACCGGGGUCCGGACAUGAGGACAAAACUGGCCAAAAGAUCAACCGCUACAACUACACGUUCAUAAAACAACAGCCAGCUCCUGGCUUCUCCUUCACUGAAUCUCAGCUCAUCAUCGGAGAGCCUGUUGUAGUGUCGGAUGAGCAAGGUCAUUUCGCGUUGGCCAAUGGUUAUGUAACGAACUCAUCUUUAUCAACACUGAUCUCAUUUCUUCGACCCUCGAAACGCAAUCUGGAUCCCGCAUCACUAAUACUCUUGAAGCGCGGCUAGUCACACAGCUUACAGUGUCUCUUCUCAGCCUUGGUGUCCCUGCUGGGGAGAUUGGCAUAAUUGCUUUCUAUCGUUCACAGCUCGCUUUGCUUCGACAAAGC